UACUAUGUUCGUAUAAAGAUGAAGCUUGUCGCGACCUGUUGCCCGUCAGCUUGACGUAGGCCAUCAACCCCCGCUCAUAGUCAUUCAUUCUUCAAGCCGCUACUAGCCUUCAGGCGACUCGUUUUUACCUGUCCAUCAUGAUUGGCUUCAAGGUUCUUCUGCUCUCGGUUCUAUCCCUGAACACCGUCUCGGCCCGAGCGAUCGACGUCGCAGACCGAAAUGUUGAAAGCCGAGCGACUUGCGUCUACCACUGCGGUUCGGUCUGCUACUGGCAGGAGGACAUAGACGAAGCUCGUGCCCAGGGCUAUAAGUACCUGAAGGCUGGUACGACAGUCGGAAGCAACAGUUAUCCCCACCAGUACAACAACUACGAGGGCUUCUCCUUCCCCACUGCCUCUCCUUGGUACGAGUUCCCAAUUCUGUCGUCAUACGUGGCCUACACGGGCGGUUCACCGGGCGCCGACCGCGUCGUCAUCGACAAGAGUGGCAAUUUUGAUGCCCUGAUCACCCACACUGGCGCUAGCGGUAAUAACUUCGUUGCCUGCACCAAGGGUUAAAUGAAACCCUUCUAGACUCUCUUCUAGAACCUCGUGUUCAACUUGGAGCUUUGGGUAUGGGCUUGAAUCACUCGUUUGCAAAACAAAAGUGUGCUUGGGCAGUUAGCUGUGAGCUGUUUCAAGUUAUUACCGAAGUGUAUGAUUUAUCAGGGUAUAUUCGUGCUUUGAGUAUUUUCAUGUCUAUAUUUCCUUCCCACAAUACACGACCGUACAAAUGGUCCC